AUGUCCCCUAAUCCCUCGCCUCGGAUGAGCCGCACCAUGCGAACAAACACGCCAGUCUCCGUCGCUUUUGGUUCAACCUACCAUGCGACCCCUCCACUGCGUCGAGCAUCUAGCUCGGGCCCACAUUUGCCUGGUCAGUCCAGUGGCCAAGGGUCGCGACAGGCCCAUCUGCACUCGAUGACUCUGCCCCGUAACAGGAUGCCCUAUCCCCGUGGUCACUUGACCAGCCAGUCUUCUUCGUCCAUCGGCACCCCGACUAUGACUCGGCGCUCGAGCCCGUCCACUAUCAAAGAGCCCGAAGUGGACCAGGUCCCAAUUCCUUUUGGACAUUCGGCUGUCGUACAAAGCCGGUCUGCUUCUCGACGCCGAUCGGCCGUUGGAGGACCAAUUUUCAAGUCUAUUACCUCACCUGCAGCCAGACUCGAGUACACAUUCUACAUUCACGAUGUUGAAGCCUUUCAGCGGCCAUUUCUAGACCGUCGAGUCGAAGCCGUGGCACGUUCUUGUCAGUGCGCUAUCACAUUGCAUCAGAUUGAACCAGGCCAACCUCCGCUCUACUACAAAGGCGUCAGAGUAUUGCCAGUAACUGUGUUUGCUCGCCACCUGAACAGUCUGAAACGCUGCCUAGCUAGGCUGGACAGCCAGUAUCCCCACUUCAACGUAAAGGCCUUCUUCCCACCCGACAUCAUCUAG